AUGAUGACCGUUCAAGAAUUUUCAACUUGUCCAACACAAGCAGCAUCAACCAUCAAAUGCACUGCUCCACUCUUACUAGACCACUCUGAAUUAUUUCAAGAAGCUACAACCUUUCUUACUCAACUCUUUUCAGAAAUGAAGAAACCAGAAGGUGCUCUUUCGCAACGAUUGCAAGAGGUCAAGCAAGAAAUUGAACAGACUGGAACCUAUACUCAUACGAGUGAAGAAUUGACCAUGGGAUGUAAAAUUGCAUGGAGAAAUACUGUGAAUUGUAUUGGUAAAACUCAUUGGCAAGUAUUAACCGUUCAUGAUCAACGUCAUUGUCAAACAGAACAAGAAAUUUUCAAAGCUCUCAAACACCACACUCAAUGUGCUUUCAAUCAUGGAAAUAUCAAAUCGAGUGUGACUUUGUUCAGACCAUGCUCUCAACCAGAUGGAUCUGAUGAAAUUCGAAUUUACAAUCCACAAAUCAUUCGUUAUGCUGGUUAUGAAAAUGAAGAUGGAAGUGUUUUGGGAGAUCCUGAACAUGUUCAAAUGACUAAGGUAGCUCUCGAAUUGGGAUGGAAACCUCCUCAACCACGAACACGAUUUGAUAUUUUACCUCUUAUCAUUCAGAUGGGAAUGAAUUCCACUCCAAAAUGGUUUGAAUUACCUCCCGAAUACACGACAGAAGUUUCAUUAGAACAUCCCAAGUUUGAAAAGACGAGUGACAUGAAAUUGAAAUGGCAUGCUUUACCUGCCAUUACGAAUAUGCGAUUUGAAAUGGGAGGUAUCUUUUACACAGCUGCAGCAUUCAAUGGAUGGUACAUGACCACAGAAAUUACUCGAAAUUUUCUCGAUUUCAAUCGAUAUAAUCUCAUUGAUGAAUUUGGAGCUGCCAUUGGAGUGAGACCUGAGAGUGAUACAGAAUCUAAAAAGAAUCCUCUCUGGAAAGAUGUUGCAAGUGCUGAAUUCAAUAUUAUGGUUCAAUAUUCCUUUGAAAAAGCAGGAGUGAAAAUUGUAGAUCAUCACACAGCUGGCAAGCAAUUUUGUAAACACAUACAGAAUGAAGAGAGACAAGGAAGGGAAUGUCCAGCUCGAUACUCUUGGAUUGUUCCUCCAAGUGCUUCGCAUUUAAUUCCAGUGUUUCAUUUGAGAAUGAGGGAAUUUGUGUUGAAACCAACAAUAUCGUAUCAACCAGAGGGAAGUUAUCAAUUUACGUUCACACCAAAGCCAAGAGGUGAGAUUGUACCUGAAGAUGAAGAUUGGAAGUCUGAGAGUCCAUUGCAACAGAAGAAGAAGAAGAUAAAUUCGAAUAAUGUCAGUCGUCAAGAUAGUCACCAACAAGCUCGUGCUUCACACAGUAAGAAGGCAACAACUAAUGGAGCAGCCAAUGUGAAAAUUAGAGCGUUCUCAUCGAGAGAUUGGAUGAUCGUGAUGACGCUGUUGGGUAUCUUGCUGAUGUUUGUUGCUUUCCAUUAUUCUGUGGUAGCUUUAAAGUCUGAAUAA